AUGAAUAUCUUUGGUUUAGACUUAUUAGACAAAAUAAGUGAAAAUCUCAAACCAAAUAAACAAGAAUUUAAUGCGGAAUAUGAAGCUAAAUUUAGAAACAUCAUAAGACAGUCAAGUAAUAUCUCACGAGAUAAUGCUAUUAACUCAUUGCUAGGUCACUUAGCAGAAUCUGAAAGUAGACUUAAAGAAAACCUAGGAUUUGUUAUUUUAGAUGGCUUAAAGUCUUUACCUAAUCACAAAUUAAAAAGUAAACCAAGUGAGAUUACUCUCAUUACUAAUUAUCUAGAUUACAUCAUGAAAGGACUAUUUCACCUUCCUGAUAAGUAUAUAGUGGAAUGGCCUAACACAGGUCUUAAGGAAACUAAAGCUAGAAAAAUAGAAGGCAGAGCGAGGCAGCCUGAUUUCUUAGUAUCAGCAAUCCACCAAUUAGAAACGAGUGGAACGUUAUUUAUAGGUGAAGUAACCUCUCCUGCAGAGAAAGAAAACGUGCAUAAGAACUGUAAUGAUUUAAUCCGAAUUGGAGUUUUUAUGAAAGAAUGCAUUGAUUCGGCCUUAGACAAAGGUGCAGAUAUUAAAGUUCUAGGUUUUCAAUGUAUAGAAUAUACAAUUGAUUUUUAUGCAAUAAAACUUAAUGCUCCAGGGCUAUAUAUUAUGCAUCAUAUUGGUCAAGCAUCGAUUCCUACUUCAGUAAAGACAUUGUCACAUUUUGUUGAUGAAAUAGAUACUUUUCUGACAGUACGUAGUCUUUUACAAGAAUCAUUUGGUAAUUUUAAUAAUAGAUUACGCAACCCAAAAGAACAAGCAAAAAAAUUAUCUUUUAAAUGCGAGACCUUAUCUACACCAAGUUUCAAUCAACUUGUUAGUAAAACGCGUAAUGUCAAAAGAAAAUGUUCCUUCUGGUUCGGAAGGUUUUAG